AUGAGAUCCCGCACCCCGCCGCUAACGUUUGCGGCCAACAAGAAUGGCGCAGGCGGCAACGCAGGCGGUGCCCCCGCCAACACCGACGAGAAGGGCAGCACGGCGGAGGUGAACACGGCGACAAAGUCGCUCUACCUGGGCGUCGCCACGGGACGCGCCUUCCCGUACGUCGCGCAGUGGCUGCAGGGGAAGUCCAGCGAGAUGCGGGACAAGGCGGGGACGCUGGCGUCGGAGUGCAACACAGAGCUCGUGCGCCAGGUGGACCAGAACCACAAAGCCAUCAUUGAGGGUCGCGUGGCGAGCGAGAAGGAGCGGCAGAAGAUGCUCACGUUUCUUCAGGAGAUUCAGUCGGUGCGGGUGCAUCAGCGUGCGGCGGGGGCGGCGUGGCUCGACGCCUUUCGCGACGCCGCCGCCGAGUACAAGGCGGAGUUGUGUGAAGUGGAGGCGGAGCUACGCGCGCGGCUGCACCUCGCCGAAGAGUGGACCGUGGGCGGGAAUCGCGCCGUCGUCAUGGAGAGCCUCUCGCGGAUGCAGCAGCAGCUGCUGAAGCUGCAGCGCCGCGCCGAGCGCGAGCGGAAGCGGGAGACGAUGCGGCGGGAGCAGACGCUGGGGCACAUGCGCGAGGCGAUGGAGCAGUUGGUGGGGGAAGUUGGGGACGCCGUCACGUGGGAGCUGCGGGAGCGCAUGCACGGCCACGCACGCAGGCUCUUUUCGGGGCGGCCCACUGCCGUGUACGACUCGGCGCGGGACGACGUGUCCGCCUCCGACGACGCCGCCUCCUCCCCCCCGCCGGAGGACGAGCAGGAGCUGCUCGAGGAGGCGCGGCAGCUGGAGCUGGAGCUGCGGUGGCUCCAGCGGCGCAGGCCAAAGCGCAGGGGCGGGGACGAAGGCGGGAGUGGCGCGAAACGGACGCAGCGUCCUGCGCUGCCUGCACCGGGGGCCGCAGGCGUGGCAGGGGACGAAGGCAGCAGCAAAGGGGCGUUGCUGCCGCAGGUUCCACCGCACACGCCGCCGUGGGUCUCAAACGCGGAACGGACGGCGGUGGCGGCGGUGGAGGCCUUUCUCUCCCCGCAGGGGUCCUCCGCGUCGCUGCGGACGCAUGGCGUCAGGACGUGGACGGAGGUGGCGGAGGGGCUCACGCUGCCCCCGCUCGCCACACCACAGCAAAAGUCGGGGAAGGCCGGCGAGGAAGGCGGCGGCGGUGAGAGGAAGGCCUCCACCGCUGCAAACGUCGCACGCCAGCCACCUGCCAGGGGCAUUUCGUCCCGCACGCGGCGGGGGAAGCAGCAGCGGGGCUCGCUAGAGCUGCGGCCGCCGAUUGUGCAGCCGCCCAACCGCGUCGGCCGUGACGCGAGCGGGAGUCACAACUCCGACCACAUCGCAGGUCUCUUGGCCGCCUUGACGGAGGACACCGCCCAUUUUGCCGCCUCACGUGAGAAGAUGCAGACGGAGGUGAAGCGGCUGCGUGAGGAGCUGCAGAAGCACCAGGAGGAGACGGCGCGGAUAAUGCAGGUCAGCAUUGGGCUCGAAGCGCAGCGGGCGCAGCUGCUCGUGCAGCGAGACGCGCAGGCGUCCAAGCUUCAGCUUGUCACGGCGGAGAAGUGCUCGCAGGAGCGGGUGCGGAACAUGGACGCGCAGCUGCUAAACGAGGAGCUCGCCCACACGCUGCAGGUGUUGGAGGAGCAGAAGCAGAAGCGUUCCGCGGAGACGGCGCAGGUGCUGGAGUCGAUUAACGACUUCAAGCAGCGGAUUGCGGACCACAAUCAACUGCUGCAGAAGGUUAGGGAGUAUUGGCGUCUCAACAAGGCGGAGCUGAGCCGGGUAAAAUACGCUGGCGCCAGUACUACCACGGCGGCGUCGCAACUUCCUUUCUCUUCCAGCGGCGGCGGCGGCGGCGGAAGCGGCGGAAGCAGCAGUAGCAGCAGCAGCAGCGUGGGUGUUUCCCCGACAUCUGUGCCAUACGCCUUCAGCGCCACCGUGGCUUCCCCGCUUUCCAGAGGCCCAUUUGAGGAAGAGGAGACGCCUGCCGCCCCGCCAUCGAAGCCUGUGCUGCCGUCCACGGCAGGCCCUGAGGCAAUUUUGGCGGAGCAGGUGUUGGGGAGGUGCCAGGCUAUUCCAGCGCUCGGCCUGCACCGCGCGGAGGAGGUGGCGGAGUUUAUCUACAGCGUCUUUGAGGAGCUGGCGAUCGCCCCGCCUGAGUCUGGAGGCGGGACGAAGAGGAUCAUGUGA